AUGGCCGUGCUCGGGGAGGUGUCGCUGGAGGAACAGCACCUCCGCAUAGAGAACGCACGGCUCAAGGACGAGCUGGACCGCGGCUGCGCCCUCGCCGGCAAGUUCCUCGGCCGCCCAAUCUCCUCUGGCAGCUCCAUGUCGGCCCUGCAAGGGUGCUCCGGCCUCGAGCUCGGCGUCGGCACCAACGGCGGGUUCUGGCUCGGCCCCCUCGGCGCGUCCGCGCUGCAGCCCCUCCCCCACCUAAUGGGCGCCGGCGGCCUGCCGGGCCCCGUGGGUUCUGCGGCGGCCAUGUGCCUGCCCGUGGGCAUCGGCGCCCUCGACGGCGCGAUGCACGGCGCGGCCGACGGCAUCGACCGCACCGUCCUCCUCGAGCUGGGGCUCGCCGCAAUGGAGGAGCUCAUGAAAGUGGCGCAGAUGGACGAGCAGCUCUGGCUCCGCAGCCCCGACGGCGGCGGCGGCCUGGAGACGCUCAACUUCGACGAGUACCACUGGGCGUUCGCCAGGGUGUUCGGGCCGAGCCCCGCCGGCUACGUCUCCGAGGCUACCCGCGAGGCCGGCAUCGCCAUAACCAGCAGCGUGGACCCCGUAGACAGCCUCAUGGACGCGGUACGCACCUGA